AUGAAUAUGAAAAACGACUUGAAGGAAGAACCGAAUAGAAGGAUGAGAUUGGGUAGCACUCGCAACCGUCAAGGAAGCUACCGACCAACUGACGGACCAAGAUCUCCGUGCCCAUCUGUUCUACUCGACAGCUUCCAGCGUUCUGUUACGCAGCGGAGACGUGUGCAGACACCGCUGCCACGAGGCUACUCACUACCUACAGAACCCUUGAGAGAUAGAGCCCUUGAGAGAUGUCUUCUGAAGGUUAACAGGCGUACACAACACCUAGCCGAUCUUCGCACCUUCGACUUAGCGGCAAUGUCCCGUCUUCGUGACCCAGCGGAAUAUAUAUCGAAAGCAAAGCAUAGAUGA